CUGAUCUUCUCGAGCCCUCGUCUUCAUCAAGUUGCUCUAAUCUAUUUCAAAUACGGUUGUUCUUUUGUUUUCCAGGUGUGGUUCCAGAACAGGCGGGCCAAGUUCCGCAAGCAGGAGCGCCUCGCGCAGCAGAAGGCGGGUGAGGCCCCUGUGAAGGCGGAGGGCAAACGCGACAAGCCCGCGUCCCCCGCGUCGUCCCCGCACCCCGCGCCGGCGCCCGCGCCGCAGCCCGCGCACCACGCGCUGCCGCACCUAUCCCCGACCGACUUGAAGCCUAUCACUUCAACAGCGAAUAAGUUGUGUGACGAGCUGAACGGAGGCGGAGGAGGGAUGCCUCCGGUGUCGGGUGCCGGCGGCAAGUGGUCCGGCGGGUGCGGGUUGCUGCGCCAGCCCUCCGGGUUCCCUCUCCUGGGAGUGGCGCCGCCCAACUAUCUGCUCUCGGACCACCUGGGCACCCUCGCUAAGACGAACAACCAUCUUUUCUAAUGGGCGUAAGGUCGCCCCGUUGAGUCACGCACCACCGCGCCGAGUCCGCGGGAGCGCCGCUCGCGGUCACGCGUCCCUACUCGACCUCGCAUUCCAUGUGACAUUCCACGUGUCGGACGCUGUCGAACUUUCCUUCGAAUAGGAAAACAAAAACGCUUAAAGUGACUGAACACAGUGAAAAUUGUUUAUCAAGUGCCAAAACGUGUCCACUAAAUCGUAUUACACAAUAAUGAACGUUGAAAAUCAUUUUUAGGUUCGCCUCUAUUGUAAUGAUGUGUUUCAUGUGCGAUUGCACAGACAAGGGUGUAUAGCUUAAAGUAAAUCUACUUAUAAGUGUAAUUUAACUAAGUAUUAAAAAUAUUAGUCAAAUGAAUGGAAAAUAAAACUUUGUGUGAUAUUUAAUGUAUGUAAAUAAUAUUUCCAACGUUGUAUACGUUUAUCAAGUAUACUUAAAUUUAGAUGAAAGUAAACAAACCAUUCCAAUUUUGAAACUAAAUAGAGGUUUAAUAAUUAUUUAUUUGUAUUUACGUAGAUUUUGAACAGUCUGAUCAGUUCUAGUCAUGGUAUUUUAUUUAGUCAAGUAAAUAAUUUUAAGUUAUCGCACGACACGCAGUAUUUUUAAUUAAAUAAACAUGAAGAUUAUUAGUUAUUUUAAAAUAGUUAUUAAAUAUAAAUACUGUCGGGAAUGGCAUGGGACAACUUUGUAAAUAUGUAAUAAAUGAAAGACAUUGUACAUAAGUGCAUAGUGACUGUACCCGAGUGUAUGUAAUUAAAUUGACGAAUUUGUCGAAGAGUGUUUUAAUAAAGAGAAUAAUAA